AUGGUGAUGGGUGCUAAUGGUGAACUUCAUCCAGCAAGAUUCUGCGAAAAGGAAUUGCUACAAGUCGUGGACAGGGAAUACUUGUUUGCCUAUGCUGAUGACUGCUGCAGUUGCAACUACCCCUUGAUGCAGAAGCUGAGACAGGUACUAGUUGAUCAUGAAUUGAAAAAUGGUGAAAGUGAGAAGAAUGUGAACAGCUCAAUUUUCCAAAAGAUUGAAGCUUUCGAGGACGAAUUGAAAGCUGUGUUGCCUAAAGAAGUUGAGAGUGCAAGAUCUGUUCUUGAAAGUGGAAAUCCUUCAAUUCCAAACAGGAUAACAGAAUGUAGAUCAUAUCCAUUGUACAAGUUUGUGAGGAAAAAACUUAGAACAGAAUUGUUGACAGGAGAAAGAGUUCGAUCCCCCAGCGAGGAGGUUGACAAAGUGUUCACAGCAAUGUGCAAUGGACAACUCAUUGAUCCAUUGUUAGAGUGUCUCAAGAGCUGGAAUGGUGCUCCUCUUCCAAUCUGUUAGGUGUUUGCCAAAGAAAGGACCUUUUGUUCAUGCUUAUCAAGUGCUAUUUUUCAGAUUCUUUUUUACUUUAUGGUGAAGUAUUAGUCACAUAAUAUGUUGUGAACUUAUAUCUUUUUUUGGUUCAACUUAAAAGUGUGUUACAACUCUCUUAAAUAUGUUUGAUUGUAGCCUGUGUAUGUCUCUUUUCAGUAAAAACUUAAUGAAAAGUGACUUUGUGCUUAUAUCUAUUCAA